AUGUCAAAAAUGAAGUUAUUAACCGAUGAUAUUGAUGUGUUCUGUCCAAGAUCUCAAAGAAAAUGUUUAAAGACUUUUCUAUUUCAAAUACUCGCCAUAUCUGGAAUAACAUUGAUGGUGCUGUUCCUAAUCCUGGUUUAUCAUGCAAUAAGGCUUGAUAGAGGCGGUAAGGAUCAUACUUUUGACACAUUGAGUUUGGAACAUCAAAAAAUACAAAAUAAUUCACCCUUUGUUGAUUUACCUCGAGAUGGAGGAAUUCGAGCCGCUGAUGGUCCGACUUCCAACUAUGAACAUAAAAUAACCAAUAAGUAUUAUCCAAGUUUAGACGUCCAGCAUUUGCAUCCUCCAGUUUCGGACCAUCGACAUCGUAGAACUCUGCCUGACAUGUUGGAUCCUGUAUUUUUAGAGCGUAGUCCCAACUUCGAUAGUCUGUUUACAAAAGUGCGAGACAAGCGAACUCGUAAGGAGUUGGAUAAAUUAGAGAAGGAAUACUUUCGUUGCAAAAAAGAGUCAGUAAAGACUAGCAGUUGCAUGGUUGCAUUUUUAAAACUGUACUACUUAGCUAAAGAAAUCAGUGAGAAAAUGGAAAAAAUGAAAGAGAUAUUUAACGAUAAUGAAGAAACACAUACACGGAGCAAAAGUUCGGAUUCAAAAGAGUCCAAUGAACUCAAAGAAGAUGUUCACAAGGACGAUAACAGCCAUGAAGAAAUCACUUCAAAAACGGAGUCCAGCUUAACUACUGUGACGAAAGAAGGUGGCGUUGCGUAUCAAAAUUCUAGUACUAAGGACGACGAGGAACAAAUUCAUUUUAGUUGGAUAAUAGAUGGACAAGGCGAUAAUUUUCCAAAUAAAGACGCUACAAAGGAAAGUACAAAUGGAACAACACCAAGUAUUUUGCCAAAAACAACCACAGAAAAUGAAUCACAUAAAAUAAGCUGGAUUUUAGAUGGUUUUGAAAGUGAUAAUGAAACAAUACCCGGAGAUAAGCCAGUAAUACCCGAGACUAGUGCGAAACCGUUGAAAAAAAAUUUUACCACUGAAUUUGUUGAGCAUACCUCUGCUACAACGCAAGCAACAAAGAUGACUGUAGAUGAUAAACCUGAAAAGAUUAGUUGGAUAAUAGAUGGACAUCACGAAGAAGAUGAAGAACUAAAAGAUAAGCUUACGAAUACGACACAGUUCAGUUUAUCUGAAGAAUCAACAUUCAGGAGCACAGAUAAAGUAACCUGGAUUUUAGAUGAAAACCAAAAUGAAGAAACAACUAUGAAAGCUACAUCGCAAUCAACAAUGAAAAUAGAAGACAAACCCCAUAGAAUCAGUUGGAUUAUUGAUGGUAACGAUGACAAUAUUGUAACUGCGUCCUCAACAAGGACCGCUUCGACGUCGACACGCGAUAUAUUUGAAGAAUUGGAAGAGGUAACGGAAGCUGUUGAAAAAGAAGAAGAUAAGUUGCGCAAAUUGAAAUACGACUCAAUAAUUGAAGAAGAAAACAAUUCCUAUGAUCAAUACAAAUUUGACGUUUCAACCACAACACUUCCUCGUGAGCCAACACCCCACCUGGUAAUGAAUCAAACGGUUACGCUCACUAAUACCACAAACGUUACAAUAACUUAUGGCGGGGACUGUGUUACAACGCUAAAACCCAUACAGGACCUUGAACAGGAACGUAUAAGCGGUAACAAUGGCUCACAUCUACUGGAUUAUCCUUCCAGUGUGGAGAAUAUGCUUGACAGCUCUGAGGACCACCACAGUUUUAAACCCAUAGGACAAGAUAUUACUUGGCCAAACAAUAAGAAUGCUACCACAUCCACAAGUACACCAUAUGAUCCUAAAGUUUGGGAGGAUCUAUUUCGUAAGAACUCAAUGGUACAACAUCGGCGGGAUGAAUUGAUUGAUACAUUCGAGAUAGGAAAUAUAGAGUCUAUGAUGAAAUUUGGUGCCAAACUGAAUUCAGCAAACACAAAUGCUUUCCACGAUGCGCAAUUCCUGUCGCUGUGUGAUCAAAUGGCAAGACGUUUGCAAAACAAAGGCACUCACAUAGUUUCUGAUACUUUCACACCGGCACCGAGUUCGCAGUUUACAAGCCGUGGCCCCGGAGGCUUUCCUGUUACCGGUGAAACAAUGAAGGCUACAGCCCAGUUCCUUUACAAUCCCAAUUUCGGUAUGCCUACCAUACCUAUAUGCUUUUACUUAACCCCUGCCAAUUUUCGCGUAAGUAAUCAGCACCCUAUGUGGUCAUCAUACUUCCAAGGCAUGCCAGUCAGCUAUACUAGCGGUCCUAUGAGUUUCAACACGCCAAAUGGUUUUUUCUUUUUGCCUCAGAACGUUGGUCCAACGGCAAAUUUCUUUGGUCAAACUGGGAGUACGGGCAUUGGCGGCCAAAGUAACAUGGGUAAUCUGUUUACGAAGAAUGCUGCACCAAGAAAACAGCAACAACAAUUCUUUUGCACUUACAUGCAAAACAACAAUAGUCCCAGCGGUGCCAGUGGUAGUGGACUUGGUAGCAAUAUUAACGCGAUGGGAUUCUCCAACGGAAGUUUUAAGAUGCGAACGAGCGGUCAAAAUCUGUCGAGCGAUAUCAUUUACGCCUCAUAUACCAAUAUUCCUGAUCAUUUGGGCCAUGCGGAUCAUUUUCAGUGUCCACUGCCAGGGCAGACAGGUUGUUAUGGCGGCAAAGAGUGUAUACAAACAAGUGCUUGGUGUGACGGUUAUGUGGACUGUUCCGACAGUAGUGACGAGGCAGCUUGUCGUUGCAUAGAUCGUUUGGCCAGCAAACGUAUUUGUGACGGAUAUGCUGAUUGUCCGAUGGGUGAAGAUGAACUUGGUUGUUUUGGUUGCUCCGAUUUAAUAUAUUCCUGUUAUGACAGUCCUGAAGAAUAUACUGCAUUCAAUCGGUCGACGGUUUCAAUGUGUUACAGUGCAACUGAAAAGUGUGACGGCAUCAUGAAUUGUCUGAAUGGACGAGACGAGCUUGAAUGCAAUAUCAUUGUUAAAGAUGUGAUGGAUCAUAUGUCCCAUGCUGUGUCCAGUUCGAGCGGUUUCCUCUUCCGCAAUUAUCGGGGUGAAUGGUAUCCUGUUUGCAACAACGCUCAAAAGUGGGCUAAUCAAGCCUGUGCUAGUGAAUCUGAAUUCAGCGCCACACCGAAUGUGACUUUUCGUGCGAUAACAUUACCUGGCCCCUUUAUUGAACCGACUUUAGUUGGACAGGCACACUUUCCUCAGUCUUGUCAGCAACGGGAUGCACACGAUAAGCUCGUGGACCAGGCUGCUUAUGUCAAUUGCUCAACGUCAAUGUGUGGUUUAGUGAAGAAGAAAACUGUAAAAGCUUUUCGUCGAAAACGUUCAAGAGCUAUGACGGCAUCGCAAACAAUGAAGAAGCAACAACAGCGUGGAAUAUUCAAUGGACGCAUUGUUGGAGGUAGCUAUAGCGCACCAAUGCAAUGGCCCUUCGUCGUUGCCAUAUAUAGAGAUGGCAAAUUUCAUUGUGGUGGAACAAUAUAUUCCGAAAAUUGGAUUCUUAGUGCUGCUCACUGUGUGAUAAACUACCAUAAAUAUUAUUAUGAAAUUUACGCUGGAUUGUUGCGCCGAACGAGUUUUUCGAGCUCUACUCAAAUCCGAGUGGUAUCUCAUAUAAUUGUGCAUCAGGCAUAUGAGAGGCGUAGCAUGCGUAACGAUCUUUCGCUUUUACGUAUGAGCGAAUCACUGAAUUUUAAUCGUUGGGUGAAGCCAAUAUGCUUACCCGAUAUGGGUCGAACUACUGUUGGCGAAGAUUGGAUCUGGGGACCGGAACAGAACACGUUAUGUACGGUUGUGGGUUGGGGCGCUGUACGUGAAAAAGGACCUGGAAGUGAUCAAUUACGCGAGGUUGUUGUACCAAUAAGGAAGCAAUGUACAGAACUGGAUGAUAGACGGUCUGAAGACGUUUGCGCUGGUGAUUCUGAUGGUGGACGCGAUGCCUGUCAGGGUGAUUCCGGCGGUCCCUUGUUCUGCCGCAGUGCUAACAAUACUGAAGAAUGGUACUUGGCUGGAGUUGUCAGCCACGGCAAUGGUUGUGCGCGUCCCGGUGAAUUCGGCGCAUAUACCCGCGUUGCGCUCUACUUGGACUGGAUCGAAAUGGCGAAACAAUUUCUAGCGAAACUUCAGCCACGGUUAACUUGUCCCGGUUACAUUUGUGUGUGGGGAGGGAAACGCUGCAUACCUAAAAAGCAGCGUUGCGAUCGAGUUGUGCACUGUUUAGGUGGUGAAGAUGAGGUAGGGUGCACUUACAACUUCAUUCCAGAUAUGGUCGGCAGUAGCAUAAAUGAAACAGCAACAACUGAAAGUGAUUAUUAUCCCGAAAAUGUGGUGACACUCCCACAUUGCAAAGCAGCGGAAACAGAACGCCAGGCCCGCGUGGACGAAGAGGAAAAUGAAGAUAGUACAACAGUAUUUACAACAGAAAUUCGAACAAGUGUUCCAGAGGAUACUAAAGCCAGUAGAGUAAGCUCCACUGAGUUUAGUACGACGGAAAUAACUAGCUCAGAGUCUAUUGUGGAAGAAACUACUAUUGCACAGACCCCUAUCAAAGAAUCAAGUGCUCCAGAAGUAAACAGCACUAAACCGACAACUAUCGAAAUCAGUACCGCGGAGCCCACUACCGUAGAAAGUGAAACCACACAGUGGACUGUAGCAGAUACUACCGUAACCUCUGCCACCACGUCGGAAGCUAUUACGACUACUACGGUAGGCAGUACUACAGAAAUGAGCACUGUUGCUAUAAGCACAACAGUGAGAGUUGAAACAACAGAAAUGACCUCUACGGAAGUAACAACUGAAAUUCCGAUAACCUUUGAAAUCAAAACAGAAUCGUUAACGCCGUUUGAUGUUGAAAAUUUAGUUACAACUCAUGCAACGGAUGCUACGCUAUCUACUACUGCCAAACCAGAUACAACUCAGACAUCGAAAAAAAUAAUAAUUGAUGUAACUUUAACUUCGGAAGCAUCUAAUGAUUCAACUACGAGAAGACCUAAGAAGAUUUUUAAUUCUACUAUGCCGGGAAAAUUCGUCUGUCAAAGAAUACCGCAAAUUGUGGAGUUGGCAAAUCGAUGCGAUCGAAUUUUAGACUGCGAAGAUGGCACGGAUGAGGAGUCCUGUACUUGCCGUGACUAUUUAAAAGGAUCUCUAAAUAUACUCAUUUGUGAUGGAAAGGCUGACUGUGAGGACUUGACAGAUGAAGAGAAUUGUGGCGAUUGCAAUGACAGUGAAUUCCUGUGUCCACUUUCGAAAACUUGUGUGCCGCUCCAAAAACGUUGUGACGAUGGUAUCGACUGCGCUUUUAAGGAAGAUGAAAAGGACUGCUUUGCUCUAACGAAUGGCAAGCAAAUCGUUUUGGACACCGAUAGGCGACCCGUUUUGAAUAAUGUCGGCAUAUUUUCUCGUAAUAGUCAUGGUAAAUGGCGUGUGGUGUGCUCUCAUGAGAUUCCCUUCUCGGAACCAAUUGUCACGACAGCAGUAAAUGUAUGCGCACAGCUUGGUUUCAAAAGUCUAAAAUUCUAUAACACAACUAAACUCAUUACGCACGACUCCAUAGUACCCAUUCAUCCGGAUAUCCAAAAGAAAUCUAAAAAUUUGCGUACACACUUCUCUGCCAUAGCAGAGGACAAUCACCAUUUCUCCGAUGUCGAACGUCAAUUUCGUGUAAAGGAUCAUGCAUUCAAAGCUCGCACUCAAUUCAUUGAACGUGUGAAGGAUGAGUGCUUCGGUCUCUUCGUGGAAUGUGAAGCCAAAGCUUAUAAAGUGGAGCCAAUUAAGACCGUAAGUGCGGGAGAGGAACUAUCGCCAACAGACUUGCCUUUAUCUGUUCUGAAGCCGGAUUUAGAAACACAUGGAAAGCCGAACGUCUUCGUACCACCGCCAUCAACACUGUUUAUGGUGAAAAAGAAAGACGAAGUGCUCGACAAGUUAAACGGUUUAAUAGAAAGCCGUAAAAAUAUGUCACUUUUGAUAGAUAAUAAAUUGCAUGAGGCUGUGGUGGAGUUACACUGGCCGUGGGUAGUUGAUGUGUACGUCGAUGGGCGGCUGUGGUGCGUUGGCGCCUUGGUUGAUAAAUAUUGGGUGUUGGUACACGAGUCUUGUCAUUAUGGUGUUAGAUUCAAUGCCAAUUAUAUUGCUGUUCUGUUGGGUGGUAGCAAAACGAAAAGUCUACGCCACAAAAGCGCUCACGAACAGAUACAACGGGUCGAUUGUUUUGAGCAGGUGCCCAAGAGCGAUGUCCUGCUGUACCAUUUAGAAAAACCGGUCCGUUUUACACACCAUGUAUUGCCGACGUUCUUACCUGACUUUGCCAAAGACGAGGCUGAUGAGUCUUACCAAUGCAUUGCCAUUUUACACGACGAACAGACUGGUCGUAUAAAAGCGGUAUCCGCUAUUGAGGAACGAAAUGAUGCUCUUUGUACAGUAUCGGAUACAUCGUGUUUUCGUCUAGUGGCAAAUAAACCACCAACACAAUUAACCGAGGGGCUUGGAUUGAGCGAUGAGGAUUUUGCAAGCUUAUCAGAGGAAAUUGCGCUAAAUGAAGAUUUUGAUAACAGCAAUGACUCGAUGGGGUCGACAAUCUCUCGCUUCACAACAUGCACACAAUUCGGCAAGAAGGGCGUUAGUCACACAGCUGUCGAACCUGUCGAUCAAGGCAUUUUGGCAUGUCGACAAUCAGAUUCCGGCUGGUUCCCAAUGGCUUUAUUCGACUACAAUAAUACGAAUUGCUACAGCUUUAAGGAUUCAUUUGCUUUGCGAACCCUAGAAAAAGUUUACGGUGCUAUACAGAAAUUAAUAGAUCAACCGAAAUGUGAGCAUUCUAACGGGGCACCGGUCUGUAGCACUUUUCGUUGCACACUCGGAGAUUGUUUAGAAGAGGAACAAAUCUGUAACGGAAUGAACGACUGUCAUGAUGGAGCUGAUGAAGAUAAAGAAAUGUGUAUUGGGCGUAAAAAAGUUUGCCAGCCAUCGGAGAUGAAAUGUAGGUCUACAUACAAGUGCAUACCAAAGACGAAAUUUUGCGAUCACAUAGCCGACUGUGAUGACCUGACUGAUGAACCUACUCUUUGUUCCUGUUACACAUAUCUGCAAGCCACAGAUCCUAAGAAAAUAUGCGAUGGCAUACGCAACUGCUGGGACAAAAGUGAUGAAAGUCCAGCGAUUUGUAAUUGUACCUCGAGUCAUUUUCCAUGUGGCGCUUCCUCAAGGGAAUGUGUGCCACGUGACUUUGUUUGCGAUAAAGAGCCUGACUGUCCGAAUGGCGAAGAUGAGAAAUAUUGUGUGGGCCUCGAAUUCCCACAAGAGCUGAUAACGCAAAAGGCCGGCUUCACUAAGCCACCGCAAAUCAAACACAAGCAAUUACCACAAUUCGGUCAGGUGAUCGAGCAGUCCUAUGGCGUGUGGCAUACAAAAUGUUUCCCGCGUAAUAGUCCACCAGAUGUGAAAGAGGUGCGUCAAAUAUGUAAAAAGCUUGGCUUCAGCCCAUACAAACAGCCAAGUUAUCGCAUAAUUGAUGAUGCAGUCAAGAAGGUGGUCGAGACAAAUGAGUGGCCUGAUCAACGAGGUCGCAGCUUCGGCGAUGACCAUGAGCUACCGCUAGCCGAACGUUAUCGCAGUGCCACUAAAGCCGUAGUGGUCAGUAAAUUCUCACCGCUGAGCCUUAACGAAGAGUUGACGCUAUUUCUGAAGCCCAGCAGGCACAUCGCUGAAGUGGCGCAUUGGAAUGCGACCGACUCUGACAGGUGUUAUAGGCUCGAAAUAAAGUGUAUGUAGUUGAGUAAUAUUAUCCAAAUUAGUAAUUUAGGUGUGUAUUUACUUUAUGAAAUGUUAGCUGUCAAAUUAGUUACAGAUUUAGGAAAUUUUUUUGUACUUUUGUAAAAAAUUUAAAUAAACAUGAAAACUGAAACUUCUGUGUACUCACCUAAGAUCAGUGCUCAAAAGUAUCAUAAUACUUAAUCUGAAAGUAUUUACAUUUCGUUGGAAAUGGCAUCGUUUAUUACGUUUACUCAUAUAUUUGCUAGUAUGUAUUUAUAUUCUUAUUUACAAUGUGUUUUGGCGUGUUUUUGUUUAACAGUUUCUUGGUCCAAAACGACAGCUUAAACCUCGAAACGUUUUAGUAUAUCUUUCAGCAUCAUUUUGUAGUUUAUUUAGUAGUAGUUAUGUAUUUUAAAUUUGAUCUUAGUAAGUUCAAAAAUAGUUUUUUGUGAAUAAGGGAAGGAUGUUCAUUUAAUAAAAUGCAAAUUUUUUUUUAAUGAUUGUAUUAUCACUAAAUUGAAAUUUAAUAAUCGUUCUGGUUUCCUCAAAAGCGUGCCAUUCAUUGGAUACUUCAAGUUUAACUCUUUCUUCUGAAUAACUUGUUAAUAUUUCUAUGGUAUAUUGGUGUAACAAUUAUCGUUUAUAUAAAAAAACCUAUUUUAAAUAUCCAAAGUUAAAAUGUUAAAUUAUUAAAGCACUCAUAUGUAUAUAUAUACGUUUGUGUUAUAGGAUAAUACAGCUUUUUUUAGUUUUAGUACUCUUCAGUUAGCUUUGGUAUCGUUUCAAGUUAAGAAUUUUAAUUUUCGUUUCUAUUAUAUUUACUUUAAAUAUUUCUUUGUUUCUUACUUCGUAUGUUAUGAAUAUUAAAUUCGUUAAUAUAUUUAUAAGGAUAUAGUCAAUAAAUAGUAGUCGUCUUCCAUACGCCGCUUCGCAGUUCGCUAAACUUCAGCUCUGCUCUCUUCUCAAAAAAUUUAUAUU